GAUCAAGCCACUAGUUUGUCAUCUUUGCCUUUCGCGGUAUUUAACGUAUCUACUUAACUGAGACGAUCUUAACUGUUAUAUAUAAUUGAAAUAAUUACUAAUAGGCUGCUGCUCCUUGAUAUUAUAUUGCCUUUGUGAAUAGGAAAAAAAUUGGGUUCGCCAGAUUCAAUAUAAUUUUUCUAUUAAAUAAUAAGUUUUCAGUAUGCACCACCACAAUAUGACCCACCACAGACCAGCAAGUCCCACAUCAAGGCAAGGAAAUGAAAUGGCUGCUACAAGUUUAAGAGAUCUUCAAGCUGGCACUCAUGGCAGUGGCUUUUCGGAUCCAGCACAAAGACUACGUUUACUGUGCUUAUCUAGAGGAGCCCAAGGUAUCUUGGGCUUAGGUAGGGUGUUUCGUAGGAUGGACAAGGAUGGUAAAAAGGAUUUGAGCUUGGAAGAGUUUUCUUUGGGCCUUAAGGAAAUGCAACUGCAGAUUAGUGACGAGGAAAUUCAAGAGAUGUUUGAUAACUGUGAUAUUGAUGGCACCGGGACCAUUAAUAUCGACGAGUUCUUGUUUCAAAUUAGGCCUCCUCUAAGUGAUGCCAGGAAAAAUAUCAUUAAAGAAGCGUUUGAUAAAAUGGAUAAAGCACACGAAGGUGAAAUUACUAUUGGAGCUUUGAAAAGGGUCUACAAUGUAGACUCUCAACCGAGAUAUAUUUCUGGAGAAGAUUCCAGAGAAGAUAUUUUGGACAAACUUUUGGACAAUUUUGAUCAUGAUGCUACUAGAGAUGGAAAGGUGACCAAAGAGGAAUUUUUCAACUACUAUGCAGCAAUCAGUGCAUCAAUAGAGAAUGACUGCUAUUUUAAUUUGAUGAUGAGACAAGCUUACAAACUGUAAAAAGUGUAAUUAUAACUAAACUUUAGAAUCCCUAGAGUUUGCUUAUUUAUUAUUAACUAUUUCAUAAUAAAUUUAUUAAUGUUUGCAUUUAAAAUUUAAACAGUUACAGUUAUUUACUAACUUGCAAAUAUUUAUUUGUGAAAUAAUAGAAUUAAUGCUUUAAUAAUCUAACUGUUGUGUCAAAUUUUCUGUUAUGUGUCAACUGUUUAACUCCUCUUGCAUGAUUUUUAGAUAAUAUGUUCAUUUUAUUUUAAGUAUACUCUAGUUGGGCUGAUAUGCCCUUUAAUAAAACCCCAUUUGCCUUGUAGUACAGUGUAUUUCUGGAGUUUAGUUGUAUUCUUUAUUCUUCUUUCUUUAUCUCCUCAAGGCCUGCGAUAUCACACUGCAUGUUUGAUACUUCUAGUUCUUGGAUUUUUCAUUCAUAAUAUAAGUGUUACAUGUUCCAAUGCCAAUUUUGCCAAAUUUUAGCCUCUCCCAGAAUCCUCAAGUCAGAAUGUUAUAGGGCAUGUCCAUAGAGGCAUGUCCAUGUGACGUCACCAAUGAGUUUGACAGUCGCCCUGAGGAAAAACAACUCAUUUAUUUACAUUCGUGUAGAUUAGGCCGGUUAUGUUUUAUGCGGUUUUCACAGCUUUUUUACAAGUUUUGUGUUAUUUUGUUUUAAAAAAGUUAAAGUAAAGUGUUUAUGUUCGAGUCUAAGUGGUCUUUUAUCCUGAAGUUGGCUAGAUUUUUCUAUAAUGGAUUAAAUUCAGGUUUUUUCCAACAAAUAUCAAAACCAAGUGUCACAAGAACAAAUAUAUAAGUAUAGUUACUCUAUAUUCAAUCUAUUUUUCUGUCAGAUCUUCUCUUCUAACAACAUUAAUCAAUUUUUCUCUUCUUUCUUGAGCUAACAAAUCAAACCUCCCAUUUUUUUUUUAAUUGAUGGAAACCUAUGGAAGGAUAUUGUAUCCCUUGCGCUAUACUGCCACAAUUAACAACUAAACAAACUCUAGGCAUGUCCAAGAAACUUCUGAAUCACACAAAAGGUAUUUAUUUUAAAAAAUCUAACUAAAAACUUUAAAAAACCACUGUAAAUUAUAUCUUUGUUUUACCUCAAGGCGAUUGUCAAUAGUGUCAAACUGUCAGAUCGUGUACUUGCCCUAUUAGGCAAUUCAAACCACGUGACAUUUAAGAUGGCGUGGCGGCCACACAUGGGCCAAAAAACACAAAAAAAUAUCUAGUUUCUGCCCGAACUAAUAGUUUAGGUCCCUAGUCAACAAAUAUUUUAUUAAAUAAUGAAAAUCAAAGUUGUAAGCAAAACUGUAUGCAAAAUAAUUUAAAAUACGCAUAAAAACAUAUUUCAAAACAAACUUGCUUGGCCGCCACGUCACAUUGAAUUUUCCUUUUUGACAGAUGGAUUGAAUUGCCUAAUUGAAGGAGGUAAUUUGACAUUAAAACGCCAGGCGGACUGAAGAGUUGUACAGUAUCUUACUUUGUAUGUACCUUAAAGGUGCGUUUACACAUGCAUGGAUUUAGUGGCGCCAAUAAAAACUGGUGCGCCAGUAAAUUUUAUUAGCAAGUGUAAACAUGUACUUGCAUAAACAUUUUAUAUUUGCAUGCAUAGUCCAAAAAAGUCUGCAUCCUUCUGACAUCACUGGCGCCAGUGGUGACAAAUUCGUACAGAAAAUCAAAACUUGCAAGUGUAAACAAGUGCUUGCACGACGGCGUCCGCUCGCCAGUUUUUCGUUUGAUUUUCAUUUCGGUUGCUGCAAGUUCUCCUAGAAGUUUUGCAGAAGCAGCUAAAGUGGGUCGACGACCAAUCCAUGGUUCAACCCAGAAACGGCCAUUUUGUUGGUUGCGUUUCUUUUUCUGUAUUUCUUUUAUCUUUUUUUUUUACUAAAAGUUUAGCGACUAUUUUACAGGCUUCGGAAAGUUCACUCGACAUAGUGCACACUGAGAAAAGCCACUUUAAAAGUGAAACUGGCGUGCCACUUAUUUCUGUUUUUCACACAAAGUGUAAACCUUUACUGGCGUGCAAAUAGAACUGGCGCGACCACUGGCGCCACUAAAUCCAUGCAUGUGUAAACUCACCUUUAGUAUGUAAUAUAUCCAUCCACUUAAUUUUUUUAGGAUGAGUGGUUAUGGAAAUCUGAAGAGAGUAUGGUAGCCCUGAUAUACAGGGGUUGUCGUUAUGUAUGAAAACGGUCUAAUAUUUCAGAAAGCGCUUAAGAAAAAUGUACAAUAUUUCCUACAUGGGGGUUUUUGAGAAUGCCCGAUUCAAUUGUGGUGCAUAAACACAAGAAGUUAAAAUAUGUAUAACAAACCGCAAAAAAUUUUAGGAUUUUGAAAAAAAUAAAAAGACAAU